AUGGACUCGGUUAGUUGGACUGAAGGAUCGUCGAUGGACUUUUCGGUAGCUUCUUGUUAUAAUUUUUACUUGAAUCUCUAUAUUCCGUUCGGUCCGCCUAACAUUCAUGACGGUGUUUUUGGUCUAUUAUGGAAAAUGGAGGUUCCGUUCAAAAUCAAGGCCUUUGGAUGGAGACUUUUUAAAGAUAGACUUCCAACGGUUGAUGGUUUGGUGUAUAGAGGUAUGACCUUCUCCUUUGAAAACUCUAAAUGCGUUUUGUGUGGCAUUGAUUCGGAGGAUAGGGAUCAUUUCUUUUUUGGUUGUUUGGUGGGUACAAAGAUUUGGAGUGACAUAGCUUUUUGGGUUGGUAAAGGGGGUAUGUCGGAAAAUGAGUGUUCACCGCAUUUUAUGGAGUGA